GGGAGUGCGUGCUCGUGACAGUGCGCUCAUGCGAUGACGAGUUUGGAGAUGAGCGGGGACAGCGCGCAGAUGAAGCCGGUUCGCCUCAUCGCAGCGGCCUGCAAUGACGGGGGCAUCGGGAAGGACGGGGAAAUGCCCUGGGACUUACCAUCUGAAUUCAAGAAUUUUAGGAGCCAUGUGACGGGGGUGUCGAGACCAGGAAAGAUGAACAUGAUGGUUUGGGGGAAACUGUGCUGGUACUCUGUCCCAAAACUGGAUUUCCCACUGCCCAAUGUUCUGCAUGCGGUGCUGAGCACCACAAUGGAGACGGUUCCCGAUCACGCACACUUCUUGUGUCACGACUUGGACAUUGCCGCCCGUCUGGCUGCACAGCCCCCCCUCGCUGACUUGAUUGAGACGAUCUGGAUUGUUGGAGGGACGCAGGUCUACAAGGACGCGCUGAAGCACCCGUGGUGUGACUUGGUUUACCUGACGGACGUCAUGGCCGACUUCGACUGCGACGUUUUCUUCCCUGAGUUUGACCGAGGACUCUUUAAAAAACAAGAAGGAUUUCCUGAUGUGCCGAGUGGAAUUCAAGAAGAGAAUGGCAUUAAGUACAGAUUCCAAGUAUUCAAGAAGGAGACUGGUGACGCGGUGUAGUUAGCUUCCAUGAAGAUCAGAAAACUGACCUGGUCAGACACGUGCUGCCAAAACCCACACAGUGUCGUUAUGUGCGUGGAAGAAUCCAAAGUCUUGUUAAUACUCUUAUCAUAUAAUCAGUGAGCGUUGCAGUGUAAAUAGGACCUUUAUACCCUUUGUAGUCUCUUAAGUAUACUUUAAACACUUAGUCUCACCCUUUCUCUUUUUCCAUCACUGCUUCGUCGGACAUUAUGAUCUGCUCUGGUUUUUAAAAAUACAUCCCCUGUUCGCAUCUCGUCAUCCUCCUCAGUAAUAUUGCAUCUGCACAGAUGAUAUGUUUGUCAGUCGGAGGCCUAUGUCAAUGACAGCUUGCGCUGCGGGUAUACAGAUCGGGUCCUUUCCAAGCAGACAUGACAGAUGCCCGCGUAGAAAGCCACACGUGAAUUGUCCUACUGGUUUGCUUUGAUUAUAUAAUAACAGUUUUGAUUUAGAAAUGCAUGGAGAAAUUCUACAGCUUGUUCUUUGUUGUAUUUAGACAAUCGGUCGUGUUUGUAAUGUAGUAACAUUUGACAAUUUGUGAAUUCAUUUUUUACUUUUGAAUAAAAUUGGCCUUAUUCAUCC